AUGAUCUCCCAGGCGGAGAGAGAUCCGUCGAUUCAAAUCCGGCUCCCGGGAAGCGGCCGCUCUUCCCCUUCUCCGCCGCCGUCGCCUAGUCUCCUCCGGUCUAAAUCGACCUCACAGGCGAAUCAAACCUUCGUUCAACGAAUCUCUUGGAUCGUCUUAUCGGUUAUCCUCCGGCGUCGUCGGAGAAUUCUACUCUUCGCUCCUGUAAUAUACAUCUCCUGUAUGCUCUUUCACAUGCGCACGGCGUCGUUUGACGCGGGUCCCACCAUCCAUCGCCGUCCCGCCCCCGGAUCUGUCUACAGGAGCCCUCAGGUUUACGCUAAGCUCCGCGCCGUGAUUGACGCCGAUAAUGCCACGGCUGAUGCGAUAUCAACGAUUUGGAAACGUUCGUAUAAAGGCGUGGAGUGGAAGCCAUGCGUGAACAAGUCUAAUGGAGUUUUGCCUGAAUCAAAUGGUUUUAUAUUCAUUGAGGCAAAUGGAGGGUUGAAUCAGCAGCGGACUUCGAUAUGCAAUGCGGUUGCUGUGGCAGGCUACCUUAAUGCGACCCUUGUGAUUCCCAACUUUCACUAUCACAGCAUAUGGAAAGAUCCGAGUAAAUUUGGGGACAUCUACGAUGAAGAAUACUUUAUCAGUACCUUAGCAAAUGAUGUCCGGGUGGUCGAUUCGGUUCCUGAGUACUUAAUGGAGCGUUUUGACUAUAACUUGACAAAUGUCUAUAACUUCAGAGUUAAAGCUUGGGCACCCACUAGCUAUUACCGGGACUCAGUCCUGCCAAAGCUGCUUGAAGAAAAGGUUAUAAGGAUUUCCCCAUUUGCAAAUAGACUUUCGUUUGAUGCUCCAAGAGCUAUUCAGAAAUUUAGAUGUUUGGCGAAUAAUGUAGCUUUGCGAUUUGCAAAACCAAUACUCACCCAAGGAGAAACACUGGUGAAGAAAAUGAAGAAGCUUAGUGCAAACAACACUGGGAAGUACGUUUCUGUGCAUCUUCGUUUUGAAGAGGAUAUGGUAGCCUUCUCUUGCUGUGUAUUUGAUGGUGGCAACCAAGAAAAACAAGACAUGAUUGCUGCGAGAGAACGGGGUUGGAAAGGGAAAUUCACAAAACCGGGCCGCGUCAUACGACCAGGAGCUAACAGGCUCAAUGGCAAAUGCCCUUUAACUCCUUUAGAGGUGGGUUUGAUACUUAGAGGAAUGGGCUUCAACAAAAGCACAUAUAUAUACCUGGCCUCUGGGCCGAUAUAUGGUGGGAACAGAACUAUGGCUCCACUACUCGAGAUGUUCCCUAAUCUUCAGACGAAGGAGAUGCUUGCGUCUGAAGAAGAACUGGCUCCUUUUAAGAGUUUCUCCUCGAGAAUGGCUGCACUAGAUUACACAGUGUGUCUCCACAGUGAGGUGUUUGUGACGACACAAGGAGGGAACUUCCCUCAUUUCCUCAUGGGGCAUCGGAGGUAUUUGUUUGGAGGACAUUCAAAGACGAUUCGGCCAGACAAGCGAAAGUUAGCAGUACUCUUUGACAAUCCCAAGUUGAGCUGGAGAAGUUUUAAACAUCAAAUGUUAAACAUGAGGUCUCAUAGCGACUCCAAGGGGUUUGAGCUGAAACGAUCAAGUGACUCCAUUUACAUAUUCCCUUGCCCUGACUGUAUGUGCCGCAGGAACAAAACUACAGCAACCACCUGAUACAUUGUUGAGCGAUAGAGAGAGGAGGACUAGCCUGCAACUUCAGGGCCUUCUCAAGCAUUGUCCACGGGUGUGGGAUUUUUUGACACGUUGAAGUCGAUGUAUCUAGACUGAGGAACUGAGACUAGCUCCCACCAAGAACCACCCCGUGCGUUUUGUACAUUUAGUGUCUAGUGUUGGGUUGCCCACAAAUAAAUGUAGGUUAGGGGAGAACAAAGCUUUUGUACAUUGACCGGUUCCUUUUUGUUUUAUCUAUUAUAGAUUCUUCGAAGUAA